AUGAUGGCUAAUCCGAUGGCGUAUUGUACAGCGGUGUUCACUUUGUUUAUAUUUGGUUUAGUGCAUUGUCACAGUCAAUAUAAUUUUGAAACUCAUAAAUAUUGUGACGAUUUAUCUCCUUAUUAUGGCAAUUUAAGUUUAGAUCAAAUCUCUGGUAUUUGGUACGGCGUCGAAAAAAUUCCACACACAAAGGGAGAAUAUAAAAUAGAAUAUACAAAGGAGUGCUUUUACAUAGACAUCAAGGAGCAAUAUAUUGAGCCAACACCGCCGACUCCUUACCCUCAAUUGACGAACUAUCCCUACGUUAAUCGUCAAUAUAUGAUGCAAGAGCAGUAUCGUGUCAGGCACUUUGUGUUGGAGUGGCAUGCGGGGUUGUGGCAGGACGACUAUCACAUCAAAGUUAACACUUCAGCUAAAGGCUUCUGGAUGACUGACGUUCCCAGUCGUUCGGUUGACCCUCAAUAUCGUUUCUUCGGAGGUGUGAUCCAGGUUCUGAAGGUAGCGAAUAACCAUCUGGUGCUCAACUUCUGUAUGAGGCUGCCCAGCUCGCAAUUGUUCACCGUAGUUUUAUCCAGAAACGAAAACCAACUUACACCGGAAGACUUAGCUAACAUACAUAACGUGUUCACCUUAAAGCGUUUAUCCACAUCGGCCUUGAAAAGAUGGGCUCAUCGAUUCAAUAUUAACGAUGUGUACGGAAUGUGGUACGGAGUAGGUUACGCUCAAAAUACCCCAGACAUGACAAACAAACCAAAGGAAGUUGGAUGCGUCACGCUUCACAUCACGGAUGUUACAACUGAGGCCAUAAGUGAUUGGCGUGAUUGGUCUAUCCCACGACAUAACUAUUCCAGCAAAAACUGGCGGUCGCAUAAAAAUAGCCCGUGGUCUGAAAAUACUAUUGCGGGCUCUUGGAUGGAUGUACGGAUACGAAGAAAAGUGAAGAGGGACGUUUACAGCGAGAGGAGAUUACGGGUUAUUUGGGAUGAGGAUGGACAAACCGUGCAACAGACCUAUGUGUAUACUCCAAACGAACCAGGGCUCUGGGUUGCAGAGCAACUAAGGCCUUUGGAGAGGGAAAUGAUGGCCAGAGGAAUAAAUAUUUGGCAUCCUGAUGAUCCGCCUAAGCAUCCUCAAGUAAUACGAAUAUUAAAAGUAACCCCACACCUAAUGCUUUUAAAUCAUUGCUCAGAGGUAGGUGGUGGAGUGUUCUCUAUGAUUCUCCGCCGGUCACCUUCGAGGAUCGAGAAAUGGCAGUGACCGCAUGUUGCAACAAGGUACGACGGAACUCUAGACUGCGCGUGGUGCGAAGCGCACUUGGCUGGCUUUUAA